GCUGUCGUCUCUCUUCUCUCGGCCCCCUCCCGGGCCUCUUUAUAAUGUGUAUAUAUAAUGGGAUAUCAGCACUGUAUAGGAUAGUCUGGAUGGCUGUCGUCUCUCAUCUCUCAGAAAAUGUAAAGACAGAAGAACAAUGCUGCCCUUCCUAACGUUUGUAUUGAUAGCCUCGUGUUGGACAGGGGAGGUAACUCCAUACACAGCGUGUGUAAAUGAAACGCAGGACUUCAAGGGCUACACAUACUUAGUGGACACUGUGACGUCAGACAGACUGUGGUCCCACUGCAAGUUCCCGAAUCCGAAGUAUGACGCCCUGUUGUGUGGGAUAGACGGGUCUACUGACCGACAUUACGUGUGUGAUCCCGACAGAAUCAUUACGUCACAAGUACUGGCCGUAGACAGGACCCUGAAGUCGAUACAGGAACAGACGUCCACUCAGUGUACAGCGCCCCAUGGAGAGGCCCAGAGUUUUAUCGUUGCUAUGGCGCUCAUCAACAGAAUCCGUAUCCCAGAUUUCUCCGACGUUAAUAUCUGCAUCAACGACUGUGGUCAAAUUCAGCCCGACGUUACCUCCUUCCCAGGGGAGAUAACCGCGGAUCAAAAGAACAUCAUUAUGGAAAACUUUGCUACUCACCUCAGAGCAGAAUGGGGCAUGGGGGCUUGCGGAAAUGACGUCAUUAUGCUGUACUGCCAGGAAUUUGAUCUUCUCUACGUGACUGCAGGGUAUGGGGCCAGAAAUCUUGUCACCUCCGCUGUGAUCUCGGAUAUCGUGUCUACAUUUUCCUCGUACAAGGCCGCGGGACACAUCGCCGAGGGACUACUUGUCAUAUCAGAGAAACUCCGCGUCACACUGCGGAGUGUUACACCGGCUCACAUCUUACUCAUCCUCAACGUGAUCGGGCUCGUUAUCCUAGGGCUUGUGCUCUUCUUUUUCCUGUAUCUACGUGACCUUGAACAUAACGUGUGGGGCCGAGAAGGUGUCUGGCGCGUGCUUGGAGACGUGGUGUAUUGGUUGUCAGGAGUUUGGAUCAUCAACGGUCUCCUCUAUGUUGUCGUCUACACAUCUGUAAAGACGCCAUAUGCGGGGAUCCUCGCCGCCCUUCUUGCUGGAGUUGUCAUGGUAGCGAUAUUUGUGUACGAUGAAACAGUUUCCAAUGCUUAUUUAGUUACUUCGUCAUCGAACGCGACCAUUUAGACAAUAAUCCACAUGUUCUGAAUAUAAGUCUCCAGUGCAAGGAUAGAAUCGGAAUUUGUUUGAUUUCGUUAUUCUGGACUACAACACACAUAGUGUGACCUCUAUAAUCAGGUACAUCUGUGUUAUAAUGUUCCAGCUUCAGUUUAAUUAAAGUUACAAUAUCAACAUUAAUAUCGCGUUAGUGCAGACUCUGACAACAAUUCAUACCCAGUACCUUCGAUAGUCCGGACUUCAGUAGAAGGUAUUAAUAGCAACAUUAAAGGGACUAAAUGGUUAGAUUUUUAUUUAAUGAUAUACAAAAUGUGUGUAAGAAUGAAAAGCAUGUAAAAAAUGCACUUUGUGUUUAUUAAUCAAUGUAAAAGUGUCCAAAACCAUUU